CUGGACGAGCAAUUGGGCACGAGCGCGAGCAAGGAGGUAAAUACCUACUGGAAGGUGGCUGCGAGAGGAACGGUGAAGGACACGGAGUUGAACCUAAGGGUGGCACCAUGGACUCUCAUCAGCAGCAGUUCUGCCUCAAGUGGAACAGUUUCGGCAGCAAUCUAGCAACGACGUUCUCGAAUUUAUUCAAAAGCGAAAGUCUCACCGACGUCAUCCUGUUCUGCGAGGGAGUUACGUUCAAGGCGCACAGGCUAAUCCUCGCGGCAUGCAGCAAGCACUUUCAGGAGCUUUUUGAAGGAAUGCCGCCUUCUCCCGCGGGAUUGAUCGUUAUUCUCGAUGGGACGAGUGCCCACAACAUGGCGUCCCUCCUCGAAUUCAUGUACCGUGGAGAGGUACAUGUGUCCCAGGAAUCCCUCAGCUCCUUCCUCAAGGCAGCUGAAUGCCUUCAAGUUAAGGGUCUAUCGAUCAUUGAGCACGAGAAACUGGCGGUGGAGCAGAGGCACGCCGCGGAGGGCAGCAACACCUCCGCGGAUGCUGAGAGCAACAGCGGUGGCGGGGGCAACGGAGGCAACGGCGUCGGCGGCGGCGGCGGCGGCGGCGGCGGUGGCAAUGGUAGCGUCGGAGGUAGCGUCGGUAGCGGUAGCGUCGGCGGUACCAUCGGCAACGGGGGCGGCGGUGGUGGCGUCGCUGAUAUGAGCGACAUGAGCGAGUCGGGUGAAGCCACCAUGGUCAAGAAUAUCAUGAAGAGAACCGCGUCGUCGCCCCCUCCGGAGUACUCUAUGCCCAACGUGUACUCCAGCUCGCACUACUACGACAGCCCGCCGAAGAAGCUGAUGAGAUCGCCGAGCGACGUCGAUACGCUGGGAAGAGCGAGCGUGUUGCGCGACGGCGCUGCCUUCCGACCGGCGUCCGCCCCGCAUCCACUCCUGUUGGAGAACCACUUUUACCAACCGUUCACUCAUCCCUCCGAACCUUCUUUGCAUCCCCACACCGCGCCACACACGCCCACGGAAUUGGAACAGCAGUUGGAACGAGCGCGGUCCGAGGAACGCAGCAACUGUGAUCUCAAGGAAAACGUUGCCGAAGAUCUUCGAAUAAAACAGGAGCCAAUGGAGUUGACCGAUCGGGAGAGGACGGAGAAGCUGGCGGAGAGAUUGUCGAGGCGGGAUGACGAGGUUUAUCCCGGACGGAGGUUUGACGCGGGCUCGUACAGACCGAACUCGGAUCAUCUGUCGCACGGUGCACAGCUGGGUCCGACGAUGGUCCCGAUGCCGGCGGCUCAUCCGCCGACUCCCGAUCAGAGUCCCGCCGCGCCUACCACGCCCGCCUCUAUGUGGAACAUGAAGAUCAACAAGGCCGCCACUGUCUCUACUGUCGACGGCGGUAGGAAACUGAAGUGCCCCUACUGCGAGAGAUUAUACGGCUACGAGACGAAUCUACGCGCUCACGUACGGCAGCGUCACCAGGGCAUCAGGGUGCCGUGUCCGUACUGCUCGCGAACGUUCACCAGGAAUAACACCGUCAGACGGCACAUCGCGCGAGAGCACAAAAACAACAUCAAGGCCUUGAUAAACCAGUCUAACCAUUCGGUCUCGGACCCCAUGCCUCAGUAACAAUGUCUUCGGCGUCGCUGUCAUCCUCGCCGUCGCCACCGUGGUCGUCGUCGCGGUCCGCGCGCGGUGGUACCGUUGGGUAACAAUCCCGCCGGUGACCACCUCGCCAGAGAGCCGACCGUGAGACUGGACCGCGGUGAGUGCGCGCGAGACGAGAGGAGAGGCUGCAGUUAGGUACCUUCGUUUACCCUUCGUCGUCGUCAGCGAACGCCGUCCCGGAUCCUCGGCCGCGAGGACAAUCUCUUCGCGUGCGCGCCUGGAAAAUCGCACGAGAAAUCGUAACUAGGGGCACGACCGUGAAGAUUCGUACGGGGGAAGAGGCAAGUACGGAAAAGAGACGUGAAGGAGGAACACGGAACAGCAAGGACAACGCAACGGGGCGCCUCGGGCACGCUCGCGAAAAAAAAAAGAAAUAAUAAUAACGCUGCGAAUCACAAAGCUAGUCAAUGAAAGUGCAACGGUCAAGUAAGGAUUAUUACUAACUAAGGAGCUCAUUAAGCGAGGCGGGAGAAGAUAAUGGGUGGAAGAUAACGAGCAGAGCGGCGAACGGCGCAUAAGCACGUAUGUACACGCAGAGCCGUUAUAGCGCAGGCGACUGCGACGAGAGAGAACCAAAAUGCACAAACUCAGGUAAACUUGAAUCCGUGGCACGGACACAGCGCCAGGAGUAAAACAAAACAAAAAAAAUAAUAAUAAAAGCGCUACCUUUUCGAUAGUUCAACAUUACCAUAGCUCGGAUUACUCGCCGUCGCAUUUCAAUCGUUAAAAACGCCGUUAACCGGUUUACCUGUUUUCUGGUACUACUAUCGCUGUUGAAGAAGUCGAGCCUAUAGGAUCGCGACGCUCCGACGGGCGAUACCUGUCCAAUAACGUUUACGUUACGUUACGCGCGCACCAGUGCCAAAGACAAGACGCUUUUUCUACUAUACUGGAGUAAUCACACGUCAAUCUCUUUUUUUUUUUUUUUUAGUUUCGCCUUUUCAUACACCCGCGUACAACACGCACCUCACUACUAUAAUAUAAUAAUAAUAAUAUUAAUAAUAAUAAUAAUCGCGGUGGGACCCACAUAUCGCGCCGAGACGACAACCGACCAAGUACACACCUUUUAUACAGUUACGAUUUUAUAGAACGUUUACGAGAUUACUGCGAUUCUAGGGCAGACGACUGUCGUGCGAUUAGCCGCGAGGGUGCCGCGCGACCGCUCGCGCGCAAAGAUACUUUUUGGCGAACGCGCGAUGCAGAAGCAAGUCGACCAAUAGCAAUAAUCACGUUGAUACGCCACUACACUACGUCGACAUCGAUUCUUCUGGAGAGGAGAAAAAAAAUGAGAGAGUGGAAAAACGGAAAAACGAAUCAUGGCGUUCGCCACGAAGAAUUUGUCGCGCGGCGGUCGCGGCGCUUCGCGGCGAAACGAACACUACCACUUUGUUACCUGUUUACAAUGUUUAAAAUGCGGACUUUUGUCCGGAGCAAUAGUCGCGUACCGUGAAAUAUAAAAAUAGAGUAUAGCCGUCGAUCACACAUGUGUGAUUUUGAAACAGUGCGCGCGAUUACGCGCGAAAUAGUUGCUAUCCCGGUUGUAUAAGAUGUGAUCAAUGCAAUAGAUUUAUAUUACACAUUACCUAUAUGUAUAGAUAUAUAGAGAUAUACUCCUAGUCAGGAUAGCACCGACGAUAUUACUUGUUACAGUAUUUACAAUUUAUGCAGAUUAAUCUGUAUCUUAUUUUUUUUUCCUUUUUUACUUGUUCUCCCUUUCGUUUGAUUUUGUUCUUCCUUUCGCAGAAAGUUUUUAAACGGUUAUAUUCUCACAACGACGCCCGCCUACCGUAAGUUAUUCAGAGACAAUAGAGAGAUAUAGAGAAUUAUUUAGUAUUUAAAAGCGCGUUGUGUGCGCGAGCUGGGGUUAUAAUAGUGCACGCGGGAUAGAGGACCGAAGGAGAAGUUCAUUUCCAAGUUGUUUUUAUUUUACUUCUACUGCGUUUCGUUUUUUAUUUUUUUUUUCUCUUCUUCUUCUGUUUCUUUCACGUUAAUUUCUUUCUAGUAACAUGCCAAAUAUAAUACGUGAGCACUCGUCGCGCACGCGCGCGCAUAACUCUGCCAAAAGUAUGUGACAGUACUACCUCAUCGUUUUGCAAUGCAUUACACACACAGGGAACACAAUAGCGAUAUAUUAUACAGUAUAAUAGAAACCUGUACAUUCCGUACAGCCGCUACUACUAUUACUACUACUACUACUACUACUACUACUACUAUUACUACUACUUUGUCCGGUUAGUGUCGGAGCAGUUCUCCUGCCAUUGCUACCCUCCUGCAGGGUAACGCAAGAUCGUAGAUCUCGGAGCUCACAAACCGAAUCGCUACAUAUUUCGCUCACUUCGUAAGUCAGAACGAAUCGAUCCACACUAGUCAACCGCAACGUACGUUCGAUAUCCUGUUUCUGUAACCGCCGCAGUUUCAUUCCUGUCCCGCGAGGUCCAUUUCAACCGCGUAGAAAGCUCCGGGAUCUCCGAUUCGCGCACGUGAUGUCUGUCUGUACGUAAAAUAGAUAUCCGUUUUCUUUCCGUAUUUCUUUUUGUCGCGAGGGCGCAUUAUUAAGAUGCAACAUGUAUGUACAACUGUGAAGCCGUAGUGAGUGAGCGCGAGAGCGAGCGAGUGCGUGCACACGCAUGGUGCGUGAAUAGCCGUGAAGCGAUUCGCGGGUAGGAGAUGGAGCCGCGAUUGUCGUCGCGGCUCGUUGUCGAAAUUUUGUCGCGAGAUCGUCCGACGUGUGUCUCGGACUGUUUGCUAGGCGGUUGCGACUGGUUGCACCGUUUUCGUUCCGGAGAUGAGAAGCGAGAGAGGUGAUGGGGAGAAAACGUCGAGCUCUCGCUGAGAAGAAGUUGACGAAAUCAGCGCCGAUGCGCUGGCAAAAACGGUGGUAGUGAUGGGGAAAAAGCGAAAAUUAUUCGAGCGUAGGUGACAUCGAUUAUCCCGAGAGAGAAAGAGAGCGCAAAGAAAAGUUAACCGGGGGAUGGGAUUGAUGCUGGACGACGGAGAUUACAUAGUCAUAGGGAAGUUAAUUCCCGGAGGGGGAGAAGCCGCGGGAAAAGGAUAUUCAAAGAUGUUAUGUGUCGUUUACGUAUGUGAUGAUAGGAACAUACACACACGCGCACACACCUACACACGUACAUACACGUACACGAAGGGUUAGGGAGAGGGAGAGAGAAAGUUAUGGGAGAUACAUACGUACACACGCACGUGGAUAUAGCACACAUGCUCGUGUAAAUAGAUAUCGCGUAUGCCAAGUUAUAUAAUGAAUCUUUUACUUAAUAUAUAUACAAAAUAUAUAUAUUGUUUUCGGCUGUUCUGCUAAGCAGAGGCAAGGAUGGACGGGGGAAAGGAUACCUUUAAGUGGUACAAUGAAUUAGCGUUAAGUUUAAAUAAAGGGAUCGAGUUAUCGGCAGUGGAGCGGCGAAAUUUGGCAAGUUAGAGUAAAUGACGUCACAGGCGCGGAAUUUCCGGGGAAGUCGGUUAAACCCAGGGUUUAAUUGUUUUGUCAUACGUAAAGAGUGCAUACGUAGUAAAGGUAUUUCAGACACUCGACACGUACGCGAGAAUACACACGCACACGCACAUACACACGUACACAUGUGUAGUAGAAGAUCGGAAGAGCGAGAGAUAAAACGUCGGUCGAGGAAGUGAAACAAGAUGACACACGUACCUAAAAGAUAAACGGGGUAGAAUUAAAAAGUGAAAAAUUAGAAUUAAUUAGUCGUAUAUUAUCGCGACAUCGGUAUUAGGCACGUAAACAUACGUAAUUCGGGACGGCCGGAAAUCGGCAAUUGGACUCAAAUCGAUUUUUAAUCGUUGAUUUCGUCGUCGCUUUGCUCAAAAAAAGAAGUAACCGAACGAUUCUUGUGAACGCGCUUUCGAAACGAAAUUACUCUUAUUGUUUUACUCUUUACUCUCGAUUCUCGCCGAUCUCGUCAACCUCGAGCCCUCUCCGGCUCGAGGACGAUAUUCCAAAUUCGCUGUUACAGUCGAUUUUCGUCGAGGUACGGAUCGGCGAUUGGAAGUCGAAAACGCGGAAAACGAACGCGCGCUUCCGCCUUCCAUGCUUUCACGGUCCGUCGUGCAUCCGGUGUAAGAAUUAUAUUUGGUCUAUAUGUAUAUAUAUGUACACGCAAAAAUACAUACACAUACACAUACAGACAGCAGACACGUAACACACGCUACACACGUACACGACACUCGCGCGACGCGCGUACGCGCAAAACGCGUGUACGCGUAUGUAUGUACCAUUAUUGUAUCACGGCGGUAGGAUAAAAUGUUGCAUGUUGUUUCUAUAAUAUGUGUUUUACGGAUUGAGAAUCCUUUAUAGAUGUCGUGUGUGACACAAGGCUUGACACGAGAGGCGAGAAAGAUUCACACCGUGGCUCGCUCGCGCGCGCCACGCUUUCGAGGAGCAAAAUGCGAACGCGUUUUGUGCGAGGAAGCUCAACGGAUUAAAAAUUUGACAAUCUUUCAAAACGCGUCACUCAUUUCUAAAUUGAUCGCGCGAACAGUAUCUUCGAAAUUAAAAAAAAAAAAGAGUGACCAAAGUUACACCAAAAUUCCACGAGACGAGACGUAGAGGAAAGUCUCGCACGUAUUCGGUUCUUUCGGCAAGCAAUUCGAACGUUGAUGACUGUCAUUAAAUUAAACAAUGACUUACGAUAUUUCGACCGCUAUAUUCGAAAGCUGCGCGUUUUCGAGCACGUUCGAGAUGAACGACGGUCACGGUGUGAACGGGCUUUCCGUAACGGGGAACCUUCGUUAUCAUUCACGUCGCACGGGCAGCUCCGGUAGGGCAGAGAGAAAGAGAGAGAGAGAGAGAGAGAGAGAAAGGAAAUCGCGGGCUGCCCGCGGGCGAGGAGUGAAGGAAAACAAAAUUGAUGUCAUCACUGCACCUACACCGCGCGCAGAGAGUGCACUGGCAACUACUGUACCGUUUGCUCGUAUAGUAUAUAAUAGUACUAUACCGUAGUUGAUAAUGAUUACAUAGUACAUGUAUCACGCACGCAUUAAGCAUAUUUAAAAAAAAAUUGACGGAGCAAGGAAAGGAAAAAAGGGGAAAAAAAACAAAAAGAAGAUACACGGUAGAUGGGGGGACAAAACGAAGGAGACAAGGGAGAUAACAGACACACGGUGUAUGUAGCGAUGUCGCAGAGCGGGACCUCGAACGUCCGGGGAAACGAGCGGCCGUCGUUUUCUCGGCCGCAAACUUAUAGUACAAAGUAAACGUAAUGUUUAAUAAGAGUUAAUUAAC